AGAGGUGAUUGGAAACUUUUGUGAAACAACAUUCCAGAGGAUAUACAGUUUACCAGAACCAAAGCUGCCUGUAAAGUAUGCUCGUAAAAUUGGAAACAAGCCUGCAGCAGAGGAAAAUACAUUUAAUGCUUGGUACGUGUUUUAAAAUUUGUUCUCAUCUAAAUUACGGAGUAUGGCGGGGAUUCUAAAAAUCUGAAUGUGAAUAAAAAAUUAGAAUUAUUUGAAUCAUAUGGAAUACACAGACAAAGAUGCAGGAUUUACGUAUACUGUACGUGCAUGCCAGGAAGCGAACGAUUGGCAGGAGAGCGUGAAGAGUAAAGUUGUAAGAAUGAAUUUGGUGGCAUUGUUAGAAUGAAUUUAAUAUUGCCACUAAUUUGGUACCCUGGGUGCCAGAGCCUCCUGUGAUAAAGGACACGACGAGGAGGCUCUUGUCACACGAGCAUCCAGCCUCACUUUGGUGAGUUCAAUAUUUGAACUCUGUAUGUGAUUGGUCUAAAUUUAUGUGAGUCUUUUCAUUGGUUAACCGAUGAGCGUCGCUAACCAAUGAAAAGAUUCACAUAAAUUUAAACCAAUCACAAACAGAGUUCAAAUAUUGAACUCACCAAAGUGAGGCUGGAUACUCGUGUGACCAGAGCCUCCUCGUCGUAUCCUCACUUCUAUCCGAAGAGGCUCUGGCACCCAGGGUACUAAUUUGGAGACGGAGUCUUGAACGCGUGUUUCAGUUUUUCGUCGUAAUCGUUGCCGCCCUGCCAUAUUUAGUGUUUCAACGGAGACUCCCAACAAGAUUCAACCCACCUUUACUGCAUGCGAUGAGUAAUAUAACACUACCAGAUAAGCAAAUUUUGCAGCGUGCGAGUCAAAAUAUAUACAUCUGCUCGAACUAAAAGUAAAUCAUAAGUCGACAAUUUUUUUGUAUCAGAGGUAAUUUUAGAAGCUCUCAGUAUGAAAAUAUUGUCUGGUCGUAACCGUCGUAUCAGAAGGAAAAUAUGAAAACUAUGUGUAUUUUUGUCAAUACAUGCAGGCAUGAGAGUGUUAUGACUGUUAUUAACAAAUAUUCAAACGGCAAAGAGAUAUGCUUUAGCGCAUAACGGAUGAUCUGAAUAGUUCUCUGGCUUUGUAAAUGCAAAAAUGUUCAAGAAAAUAAAUAAGAGAUUUGGUUUUAUCAUUUGAAUAUUUAUGGCGCAGAACACUCUAUAACAAUUAACGUCUGACAAUAACAUAUACGCAUGCAUAUUUUUUCUGCCGUUAUGACCGGAUAUUACUUUUAUUCGCUUAAUGAUACUUAUCUGUGCAAUAUCUUAUAUUAAAUGCUAUACAAAAGAAUUGUCGAAUUUGUCCUUCCUUUUAUGAUCUGUUGCCUGGUUAGUUCACGCACGUGUGUAUGACUCACGCACACUACAAAAGUUGUCCGAAAAUAUGCAAAUUUGCUUACGUGGCAGUAUCACAUUACUCAUUGCAGUAUAAAGGUGGAUUUUUUUUGCUACAUGUCUUUAUAUUUUGCAUAAAUCUAGUGGUAUUCCUUGCAUGGAUUUUAUAUUUACUGUGGACGUUCUCGCGUAUUGCAAUAGCACGUUUAUGUUGGUGCAACGGCUUUGUAAUAUUUCCCCUAGGUACUGGAAAUGUGAUAUUUCUGGUGCUCCAAAUGGUAAACUACAUGGAAAAACUAUCGCAAUGAAAGACAAUAUCUCCGUUGCUGGCAUUCCAAUGAUGAAUGGAUCACAACUUCUAGAGGGUUAUAUUCCACAUAUUGAUGCCAGUGUUGUAACCCGGGUAUUAGAUGAAGGUGGAAGAAUUCUUGGAAAAGCUGUUUGUGAAAGCAUGUGUUUCAGUGGAGGAAGUUUCACGGCUGCAAAUGGACUUGUGAGGAAUCCGUGGGAUCCUUCGAGGAUGUCUGGAGGAUCAUCUUCAGGAUGUGCUGUUCUGGUAAGUUGCUCAGUUGAAAACUAUGUAGGAAAUCACGAUAGUAUGCAGGAGGUAUACAGGGUGUAUCAAAAAAAGCGCAAUCCUCGACUGAAAUGUAAAUUGCUAAACAAAUAAUAGACGUAAACGUUAAAGUUUACAUUCAUUUUAAAGCGUAGCCAUUCAGCUUUCUAACAGUGGGUUGUUUCUUAAGUUUGACUCAUUGGUUCGCGGGUAAUAAUACUUUACGUUAUUGCGAUUGGAGAUUAAAAAAAUUGAGAUGGAAUAACAAAUCGUUCUCAUGAAAAUAACUGAUUUUUUCAUUAAAACAAACGAAUGUUGCAUUUUAUUAAAUGGAUUGUAACAAUAAGUAGAAUUACGGCUUUUCUUCCACUAUUUUUAACUCAGUUUGAAACUUCAAAUGCGAUAUAAUUUUAGCUUGGACCAUCCAAGCCGACUGACAUCAACUUGCUAUAAUUUCUGCUUACAUUACAUCGCAAUUCGAUGACACUCUGGCGGCUCAGACACCAGAAUGUUUUGACGAUUUUUAGCGUUCGUUUAGGAUUUUCAAACAACCUGGUCUCUUUUAAAAUACUUUUAAUUUGUUCUUACGUGGUUUUCCAGAUGUAGUGACGACAACAUUAAAGUUUAAAGAAGAAAAUUCUAACAUUUAAACCAACUAAACAAUAACAUAGUAAACUUGCAUAAUUAAACAGCAACUAAAAAUGAUAGGUUUUACUAAAUCUUUUCCUGUGUAAUUAUUACUAGUAUUGGAGACAAGGAUAAUAGUUUGUUUGAAAGAGAAAAGAACAGGCUUUGAAGUAAGCCUAAAAGCGUUUAACUAGAAAUAGUAUUUCGAAAGUUAUUAAGCACAAAAGAUGAAUUGCGUUUAUUUUGAUACACCCUGUAUAGUUAACGAAAGUUUGUAUUUUAAAGAAGUGUGAUACGAAAAUGCUAGGGAAUAUGUUCUAUUAAAAUUACAAGAUUAAUCAGUGAAAUAUCGUGUUCCCUUUACCAGAAUGCCUGGAAAAAUCAAUGCCUCCGACGCUUUUAGUGAAUGGGAGUGAUAUUUGUGAACGAAAUAAUUAAUAUUAAGUAACUUAUUAAUAUUUAUUCCAUGGCAGAUCGUUUGUUUCAAUAAAAAGCAUACAGCAGUAUGAAAGGAAAAUCUCAAUAUUCAGUGUCAAAACCCGGCAAAGAUUUGUAUAUUGUGUAUUUUAUUUUUAGAGUCCGAAUGUUCAACAUUAGUUACUAGUGAUUAUACCGUAGUACGUUAUCGUUUUAUAGGGCCAUCAGUAACUGGCGCGUUGCUGAUAGCCGUAUAAGCAUGGAAAUAUAGUUGUUUAUAAGGUCAUAUUCCAACUACUGCAUGUAGGUAACCAGACGAUGUUUAGCUAGGUAAAGCAUAAAAAAUUCAUGUUCGGCGCCUCUGGUCCUGCGACAAUAAUUUUGUUCAAUAAUAUCGAGUUUUAACAGGUUGCCAAUAAAGACGUGGACAUGGCUAUAGGUGGAGAUCAGGGUGGUUCGAUACGCAUACCUGCAGCAGCGUGUGGUAUUGUGGGAUUGAAACCAACAUUUGGGUUGGUACCUUACACCGGUAUUAUAGGCAUUGAACCAACUGUCGAUCAUACUGGGCCUAUGGCGCAAACUGUUUAUGAUACAGCAUUACUUUUGGAGGUACAUGAAUUUUCCCGCCGCUAUAUACAGGACGAUUGAAGGGUGUUUAGUAUACUUAGGGUUACUGCUUUUCACGAACAUUUAGUAGUAACAUUGGUAACCAUUAGAGGAAGGAUGAAUAGACAUAUACUGUAUGAAUUUGAAUAUUAAAGGCGACUGUAUUACGGUAACUCAUUAUUUCGUACGUACUACACUUGUUGAUUAUUCAAAAUAGAAGUUGAAACUUAUCUUUGCUUCAUUAUACUGUACUUUACUAAUGAACCUCGCUGGACGGUAGCGGAUUGUGAUGCAAUGUUUUCAUUGUCGUUUCAGGCAAUAGCUGGUUACGAUGAUGGCUUAGAUCACCGUCAACCACGUGAUCUCAAGAUACCCAGCUAUACAAAAGAGGUAAAGUCCAAUCUCAACUUUCAAGAUAUCAAGUUUGUUUUUCCCUCAAGAAGGCAAUCAUGGGCAAAGUCCUGAAAUUUGAACAAUCACAGUCGAAAACUGUUGUUUUAACGUCCACGACUAUCGUCUUGAUAGAAGACACGAACCCUAUGAGGGAAUAAGUGAAUCCUUCGAUUGAACCGUAAUCAUUACAUCCUAAUCUUUAAAUCUGACGAAUCAAUCUUUUCAUACUUAGGUUGGAUAUUCAAAUCCUGAGAUAUUCAAUCUUCGAAUCUCGGUCAUUGAAUCCUAAAACUGAAUGCUUGAAUUUUAAGAUUGAAUUCUUGAAUGCUAUAUAUUAAAGGUGAACCUUUGAAUCAUAAGAUUGGAUCUAUUAAUCUCAGAUUGAAUAUAGUUGUAAGAAAUGGUUAAAUAAUUGAGGUCACGCUACUGCCUCCCGUCAGUCAAUCUUAUCAAGUGGUGCAGUCCUAAAAUUUUAACAAGGGAGGGUUCUCCAAGGGAGGCCUUGGAAUAUGAACCGCUUAAACUUUUGAUUGUCAUGAAUCAAGCAGUCCAAUUAAUAUAAAUAGUCCAAUUGACAUUACGUAAUCUGAGGCAUUGAUUGCAUCAGAUGGUGCUCCCAUUUCGGAUAGUACAAACAGAUGUACUGUAGUUUUUCCUCAACCCUUUUGAGGUACGUUUUGUUAUUACAUGCUGCCAGUGUCUUGAAAAAAGCUAAUAUUUUUACAGGGCCCCUGUUGAAGUUAUUGGUAAAUUUUCGACGCCCCGCCUCCAAAUUUUUAAUAUUUUCAAUGCCCCCCCCCCAGAAUUCGGAAUCGAAGGAGUACAAUCCGGAUUUCUCUCUUAUCAUAGAUACAAUUUGCAGUUCCUCAAGAUGUCUGAUAUACUCAAGCACGUGCUUCUCCUCAACAAAAAUACCGACUUGCUGCUUCUUUCACCUCACUAUCGCCAGAUUAAUUGGCACCGUCUUUAAAAAAAAAACAUUUUAGAUUGGCUCUAGGGGCGAAAUUAUCGGCAGGUUGUUGUUGUUGUCCGCCAUUCAGCGUAGUCGGAGUCUUGAACACGUUCAUGUAGCGGCCGGGAUUUCCUGGAUCAGGGUCACCCAACGUAUCUCCUGGCAUCUGUUGCACAUUUCUUUGCAUGCAAAAGCGCCAGUAUGCUUCAAUUUCUUUAAUGUUUAUCCCGUUUGUACUAAAUAUCCCAUGAACAUAGAACAUAUCAUUCUUACAAAUCGUAUGCUUUUAUUUGUUUUUGGAACUGCUACUUUUUGGUGGGAAAAUUACUUCACAAAGCUGGCGCCAAAAAAUUAAAAAUAAGCUAUAGGUGAUUUCAUGUAUCCAUUUAGAAGAGCAGACUAAGGAUAUCUUAAAACUGAAAUCGGUUUCGAAAUACAACCAUAAGGGUGUAGCGAAGCAUCUGAAGUUUGGGGCGGGGGAUAUCGGAGGAUUAUACGUGAAAUUUGAAUUUCAAUGUUAAAAAUUUAUAAUAAAGCUUUUUGUGAUUGAUUGGUACUCAUUGGCACUCUCAUACUAAGUUUCGGGAGAAUAGGGGGUCCUCCCCCAGCUCAAUCCUAUUGAAGUUAUAUCCUCUAGGACUGAAUUUCUGGCGUUUUCUAAAGCAAAUUCGCAAACAAAUUGCAUGUAAAUUGACUGUAUUUUACAAAAAUGGUUAUAAUUUCACAAAAAUAAUUACUUUAUUACGCAAAUUUUACCUGAAAAUGUCAAUUUUACCUGAAUUUCACAGUAGGGGGAGUUUUACACCCCUACCACACACCCCGGUCGCUAUGUCUCUGGCAACCAUUACUUGCGAAGAUAUAAAGACUUAAUUAAAUUUCUAAAAAUCCGCCAUUUUGUUCUAUUUUUAGUAAUGUUCUAUUUUUAGUAUUUUUAGAUUUUUCGACAUUUGUAUCGCCCAUAAAAUUGUUGUAUUUAGAAACAGAUUUCAGUUUUAAUUAAUAAAAUACCCUUAGUCUGCUCUACUAAAUGGAUUCAGUAAAAUCACCAAUAGCUUAUUUCAAAUUUUUUGGCGCCAAGUUUGUGACGUAAUUUACCCGCCAAAAAGUAGCAAUUCCAAAAGCAAAAAACAUAGGAUUUGUAAGAACGAUAUGUUCUAUAUUCAUGGAAGAUUUGGUGGAAACAGAGUGAAAAGUUGAAGCAUAUUGGUGCUUUUGCAUGCAUUUUUGACAGGCGUGUUGCAGCCUUCUUUUACAUAUUCCAUGUGGAGCUCCCUCAUGCCAGUUAAUAUGAAGUAGGUGGUUUGGAAAUCAUUUUUGACCAAACCGGAUUUACGAAUGUUAUUGUUCACUAACAUAUUGUUAUUCUAAUGAGUUUUCAAACCAUCUGUUCAAAUUUAACUAUGGUGGGAGUGAACACUCCAGGCCCUUGCUGGACCAAAAAUUUCGGUGCCCCCUUAACAUCUUAACCCCCUCCCCCCCUCGGUAUAAUAAAUGUACUUUUCCUUAGUUCUAAAUAUGUAACCAGAAAAAGAAGACAGUUUUUCUUACUUACUCGAUCGAACCUCGCUAUUGUUUACAUUGGUGCUGUGACCAGGAUGGAGGAACUCCCAAGAAUACAAGCAUCGAGACGAGCUCACAAAGCACAUGUGACAAGAUAAAGAGUCAUUGUCAACCACCAUGCAUUUGUUUUCAUCUUACCUUCGGAAGUGAAAAAUAGCAAGAAAUGACGAUUAUAAACAUUUCUUUGGUGCAAUUUUAGUCUAAAAAAGUUAAAAUGAGCAAGUAUAACCAUGGGAUUGUAGUAAGAGGGUGGAGAAGUGAAAUUGCUUAGAAAAGCAAUUUCACGGAAAACUAGAUUCUGAUGAAAUAAUAUAAUAAUAACAGGUUUAUAAUUAAUUUAAGAGUAUGUUUAAUGCAUGGUACAACCUGCCAGUUAAAAACUAUAUCAUAACUUAUAAAGGCCAUGUUACACGGUGCAAUUUUUCUUGCAACUUGCAAUGCAAUUCUACUCUUGAGAGAUGUUAAUUAGUGAAAUCAGUGAAGAAUUUUCGAUAUGUUGAAAAAACAUCAGCAGUGUAAUGAAGACUCGUAUUUGGCAAUUUUACAUCUCUCAAGAGUAGAAUUGCAUUGCAAGUUGCAAGAAAAAUUGCACCGUGUAACAUGGCCUUUAGAAGUUUGAGUGACGAGUAUGUCCGACGACCUCCGAAAGGCCUCUGAAGUUUUACUCUUGUGCAAUCGAGUGAGAUCAUAUAAAUUGAUUAUCGCGUAUCAUGUCUAUUAUGACUAUUAUAAAAUAGAUCGAAAUAAACAAAGCAAAAUCGCAGUUCACGAAACAGACAUCUUUAAUUUUCAAUUCACGGAGUAUUUUUAUCGACAUGCAAUCACGCCUCACGGCUGUAGAACAAUUUCACGCGAACAAAUAUUGACGAAUCACGGCUCACGAAAAUACUCUUUCCCACCUUCUAGUAAUAUAUUAUGGAUUGAAAACCGAAACAUCUAUUAUUCCGCAAUUAAAAUGGCCGCCAAGCAGGUUUGGGCGCACAAUGCAUUGUGGUUGACAAUGACUCUUUAAUAAAAAAAAACAGCGAAAUUUUAACGAACGAAAAGCCCGAUGAAAUGUCGCUGAGCAGUUUAAAUACAUGCAUCUCUCGAACAAUUAGUAAGAAAAGGAUUUGAUACGGGAAAUAGACCAUGAGAAAAUCGAAGCGAAAAUUACGAACACAAAGGACUUAGAAUUGUUAGAAACGGAGGUAUUCGAAGCCGAAGAACUGAGCUCUGACCUGGAAGAAAAGAUCAACCACAUUCGUAAGUACAUUGAUUUAUCUAUUAACGCUAUGAACAAUCCAUCUACUGUAUCUACCCAAGAAAAUACUGGCUCAAGUUUACAAUCUGUUUCACAAAAUACAAGCGGUACAGAACAGUCACCUGCAGCCGCCGAUGUCCAGUCUCAGACACAUGAUCCAUCAACCCCAGACCAUCCACCAUUACAAAUUAACCCCGACAACCUCUUGAAUACUAGCAUCUCAUCGGAAGAUACUCCUACAACUCAACUUCCAUUUUCAAAUACAGUACCCCUUAUGUCUCAAACAAUAUGUAAACUCCCAAAGCUGAAUCUUCCUGUAUUUUCUGGGAAUCCCCUAGACUGGCAAUCCUAAUUCUGGGACUCCUUUGAGGCGGCUGUCCACAGAAACCCCUCGUUAAAUGGAAUUCAAAAGUUCAACUAUUUGAAAGCGCAACUCAAGAACGAAGCACUACAUUCAAUUAUGGGCUUUCAACUUACGAACACUAACUACGAGAAAGCAGUCACUCUCCUUAAGAACAGAUUCGGACAAACCCAUAAAGUUAUUAAUGCACAUAUGCAAGCACUCCUAGACAUCAGGAGUCGUAACGGACAGUUGGAAGACCUUCAGGAAUUUAAAAAUACAUUAGAAACACACAUUCGUGGUUUCGCAUCACUUGGAAAGGCACAGGAAUCAUACGGCGACCUCUUGAUACCCGACCAUAAUCGUUGGCAAGCUCCCAAAAGAUCGAUGUACGAAAGAACUUAGCACGCGAACAUGAAACCCUAGAUUGGACCACCAUCGAAAUGCACUACAGAAAGAACUAAGAGUAAGAGGAUUCAAGGCUUACGACGCCAUUGGCUCAGGGGGUGCAAAUACAUUGGGCCAGCAUCAUUUUCCAUACUAUUUCAUAUUAGGAGUGGGAAAAAUACGUUUACACAAUUUUACAAGUUGUGAUCAAUUUCUGUUUAUUUUCUGAUGUACGUACGGGUUUUCGUCCGAAUCAAAGGUCUGGAAGUGUUAAAAUAUGGCGAAUUCGUUGGGACGUUUUGCGAGCUGUUUAUUAGUGUACUGUUUAGUAUUGUUUACAUGCCAGCGUGUAUACGUAUUUGAAAACAUUAAGUUGCUUCGAGUUUUAACGCCCGAAAUGGAUGAGAUUUUCGCUGAACAUAAAUAUUUAUCAUACAGGAUAAAUAUAAAAAAAAUGUAUUUAUCAUAAAUGGGAUAAUAUUGAUCAAAUAUAAAUAUUUAUCAUAAAUGGGAUGAUAUUUAUCAUAAAUAGUUCUUUCGUACAUAAAUAUUUAUCAUAAAUAUUUACCACAUGGCGUGCGAACAUGUAAUUUGAUCUCUCGUGCAAGGUGCCGGUGUCCCAGGAUUUUCGCCCCCCCUACAUUUUCGCCCCCCGGGGGGCGAAUUUCCUAGGAAUAUCGCCCCCCAGGGGGGCGAAAAUCCUAGGAAUUUCGCCCCCCUUUAGGAAAUUCGCCCCCCUUUAGAAACUUCACCUUUUCUUUAGGAUUUUCGUCCUCCGUUCAAAAUUUCGCCCUUCCUAACAGUUGCAUGGGAUAAUUAUUACACGGCUUUAAUAAUUUGAAAUCAGUAUCAAUUUAAAAUUGUUAAGACAGAGCUUGAAAUAACAACCGAUCACCGAUGAAUGAUCGGCAAGGAAUUGCUUAUGAUCGUCAGAAAAGCAGGGUUUCGGUUUCCAACCUGAAAAAAGCAGGGAAAGUCGCGACUGCCGAUCACCAUGAUCGGGAACUUUGGGAACGUUAUUUCAAGCCCUGCGUGUAAGAAUACAAAUUUACAAUUACAUGUAUCGAAAGGGCUUUACACAGUUACAGUAGAUGAAUACUCAAUAGGACUUAUGACGCUUCACAGCACACCAUGCAUAUUUUGCAUUUUCAGUGUUAAUCCUUAAACUCAUUGUUAAAAAGUAAUCACCGUGGUGGUUAUUGUAAUUAUUGGUAUUGUUUUGCAUCCACGUUUUGUCGUUAUCGGAAAAUGUAUGGUUUGUCACUAUUUUGUACUUGCAUUAUUUCAAUAUUGUUUGUAAAUCUCAGAAGCGAAGGGUAGAACUUGCCAAUAGGCAAUAAUCCAAUAAUAUACGUUUCAAAAAAGACAAGAAAGCUUUUAGUUUUGCAGAGUUAAUUCUCAAAUGUUUAACGCAUGCACUAAUAAAAUCAAAGUACCAUGAAAUUAUUUGACUGAAACCACACCACAUAUAUAAUGCAAUUUUCUUUGCGGAAGUGAAGAAUCAAGAUUACAUCACUGACACGGAAAGUUGACGAUUCAACGGACAAUAAUCAAUACGCUUCCCAACAUAUUCCAUAGAUUUUUUACUAAUCCUAUAGCUUAUUGUUAGCAAGUGAUUACUGUGGCGGCUAUUGUUAACACUCGUAUUGAUAAAAUUUGCAAGCGAUUGUUUUUAUAAUAUGUUAUGCGAAUGUAAACUGCCAGAAGAAUACGACAACAUGAUUUUAUGCGAUCUCUGUGAUGGUUCCACUUUAGAUGUGUAGAAUAUGACACUAGUCUAAGUACCUCAAAUGAGUGGUUAUGUGUAUGUAAUUUUGUCUCCUUGUAAUAAAUAAAUAAAUCACACAAUAAACCUUUUCAACUUGCAAUCGUUUUGUUUUUAGAUCAAAAAUUUAUAUGGGGGGGGGGGCGAAAUUCCUAAAGGGGGGCGAUAUUCCUAGGAGAUUCGCCCCCCUGGGGGGCGAUAUUCCUAGGAGAUUUGCCCCCCCUUUUGAGAGGGGGGGCGAAUCUCCUGGGGGGGCGAAUCUCCUGUGACAGGACAGUGGUGUCGCAUUGCAGUUGAUAUCUUCGCUUCGCCGAGAUCUACAGAUCACCGUUUGUUAAAAAAGUAUUUUCGACAGCUCUAUUCUCUUUGAGUAAAUUAAAAAUAUUUCUCGUGCGGCAGUGAACGAAUGGCGACGAGACAGCCAGAAGAAAGUCUGACUUAUGAAGAUUAUCUGACCAGGACGAACACCACACUGAAAGAUUUCGAGUAAGGCCCGAUAUUGCAUAUAUAUAUAUAUAUAUAUAUAUAUAUAUAUAUAUAUAUAUAUAUAUAUAUAUAUAUAUAUAUAUAUAUAUAUAUAUAUAUAUAUAUAUCCUGCCUCGUACCCAGGCGCUUACAUGAAGUAUUCAGGUCGACGCGCUGUUGGGAAGGGGCGGGAAAACAUGGAAUGCAGGGCGGGAAAACAUGGAAUUUAAUACAAAAAGUUACCAUAUCGUCAUAUACUCUGUGUGUAAAACCUUAUAUACUUUGUGAUGAAGAGUUGAAUUGAACGCCAUUGGCAAAUAAUAAUCUGCCGACUCUAGUUUUUCAUUCUUUAUGUCCUCUCCCGUCAACCGAACUUUACUCAUAUGCUCUUUCUUUCUAGUUCCAAAUAAGCGCCAAGUCUCUCCCACAUAAACCGCCUCGUCGCAUUUGCAAGGAACUUCAUAUACAACAGUCUUCCGUUUCUCUCCCAGUGGUUUCUGUGCCUUUGUUUUCAUUUGUCUUACUUUAUUCCCAGGUCUGAAUGCGGUACGGAAACGAUGCUUCUUAGCGACUCUCUUGAACUGCUCCGACAUUCCUUGUAAAUAUGGUAUAACCACCAUUCCUCUACAACAUUCCUCAUCUUUAGAAUCUGUCGACUCAUUCGUAUCCUCCUCUUUGCUUUUCAUAUACCGUUUCACUGUCUCUCUGUCAUAUCCAUUAGCCACAAACACAUCUUCAAUGUUUUUCAGUUCCUCUUCUACAUAUCCAGGAUCGCAUAAUGCUCGAGCACGAUCUGCAAAUCCUUUAAUUAUACCUUUCUUCAUUGAGGAGGGAUGGUUUGAUCUUUCUUUCACAUCCCUGUGAAAUGAUUUAGUAAAACCUAGCUCGCAAAACGUCCCAACGAAUUCGCCAUAUUUUAACACUUCCAGACCUUUGAUUCGGACGAAAACCCGUGCAGACAUCAGAAAAUACGUGCAGACAUCAGAAAAUACACAGAAAUUGAUCACAACUUGUAAAAUUGAACGAUUCUUUAAUAUUUUUGCAGAAAUUCAACAAAUUGUGCAAACGUAAUUUUCCCACUCCUAAUAUGAAAUAGAAUGGAAAAUGCGCUGGCGCGCGCUCCCCCCAAUGUAUUUGCACCCCCUGAGCCAAUGGCGUCGGAAAUCCUAGAGGCAGGAAAAUUUGUCAACCCAACAUUAAUUGAAAAUAAGUUAGAACAUUAAAUCAUCCAUUACAUCAUCCUUUUACACUGGUAUCCCUAACGAUCCAUCGUCAUCCCAUUACCCAAGUUCCAGAGCAAAAAAGGCCCACUCAUUUAAACACUGUCAAAUAGUUACAGAUUCCAAAAAACGAUUAGAAAUAAUCAAGAAGGAAAAUCUUUGCUUCAAUUGCCUUGGACAACAUAAGGCUUCUAAAUGCCGAUCGAAGAAUCGCUGUACGAAUUGCAAUCGCAAACAUCACACUAGUCUGUGCAAUAAAGAAAAUCAACUGUCAACAUCCAAGGAGCAAACCGCUCACAAUGAGGAUGCUCAACAAAACCCAGAAAUCACACAUGCAACGUUGACACCCACAACCCAGAUCAGCUACGUGGGUCCCAGUCCCCAUCAAACAUCAUUACUCAAAAGAGCCAUCGCGACAAUUAGAUCAGACAGCACUGCUAUCGAAACUAACAUUCUCUUUGAUGAAGCUGCCCAACAUACCUUUAUGUCACAGUCUCUUGCAUCAUAUUAGGAUUACAGUCUUCAACUAAAGAAACAAUCAACCUCGUCGUGUUUGGUGUAGUUACCCCGACCAGAAGAAACCUAGAUGUUGUUACGAUACACAUUGAAACAGAAUUAUUAGGACAGGAAAUAUUCCAAUACAAGCCCCUUGUUACGAAAAUUGCCACUCCACUGCAGAAUUCAGUUAGAACUGCCACUCAGAACUACCCCUACAGGGCCCUAUGCUUGCACAUCUAGUGACCGAGAACUUUGAGACAUCAUUACUAAUUGGUAUUGAUCAUUAUUGGGACAUUGUCGAGGAUCGCAUAAUUCGGGGCAACGGUCCAACAGCCAUGCAAUCCAAGCUAGGCUACCUGUUAUCCGGACCUGUAGCAUCCACAGCCAAUACCAGGAACUAUCCAACCUGAAUGUUAUGCUUUCCCAUCGUGAAAAAAAUGAUCGUUUUGAACGGUUCUGGAAUUUAGAAACUUUGGGUAUCACCGAACCAGAUCCACACAUUGAUGAAAACAGCUUUAUCUGUGAGUAUCAACAAACAUCCAUUUCUCGUGAACAAGACGGAAGUUACACAGCAAGAUUCCCUUGGAAGAAGGAUCGUCCUCCACUACCUACGAACAACAUCGUCUGCGAAAAACGCACUAGGACUACAAUCAAGAGAUUGAACCAAACGCCCGAUUUGCUACACACUUAUAGCACUAUCAUCAAAGAAGAAGGACAAAGGGACUUCAUCGAGAAAAUUCCAACACAGCAAAUAACCACAACGUCCAUUACGUACCCCACCACCCAGUUAAGAAAGAUUCACCAACCACUCCUAUUCGGAUAGUUUAUAACUGCAGCUGCAAAGCAUCGCCGAAACUUGCAAGCCUUAAUGAUUGCCUUCAAUUCAACCCGGUCAACUACUUCUCAAUGAUAUGUCAGCAAUCCUCCUUCGAUUUCGUACACACAGCUAUGGUAUCGUUACUGAUAAAGAGAAAGCAUUCCUUCACCUUUACUUACAUGAGGAGGAUAGAGACUUCACUUGAUUCCUAUGGUUAUCGGAUCCGGCAGAUCCAAACACUUCGACACCUAUCGUUUUAAGGCUGUUCCGUUUGGGACCACAAGCUCUCCAUUCAUGUUAAAUGCAACAGUUCAACAUCACUUUGAAAAUUUAAACUCACCUGUUUCCCUCUAUAUGAAAAGGAGCAUGUGCGUUAACAACGUGAUCUCUGGUACUGACACUGAAACAUCUGCAAUCAACUACUAAAAUGAAGCAAGAUUCUUUAUGAACGAUUCUAAAUACAACUUAAGCUCUUGGGCUUCAAAUUGUUCUGAUUUACAAGAUUUAGCGACUCAAGAAAACACAGCCGAUACAGGUGAUGAAAUUAACGUUCUCAGUAUGCAUUGGAAAACCUGUUCUGAUACCAUCGCAUUACCCAACAAAGCCACCUUGAGCACUCGUCAACAGCUGAUCACCAAACGAGAAGUUUUCCAACAAUCUUCAACGAUAUUUGAUCCCUUGGGCAUAAUAACACCGAUAACCAUUCGUGCGAAAAUCUUCAUGCAACAACAGCCUUGGCAAGAAUCCAUUGAUUGGGAUGAACCACUAAAUGAAACCUUGACAGAAAACUGGUGGAAAAUAGUCGAUGAUUUACAAGCAGUGCUUAUGACCACCACCAUCCCUCGACCAUAGCACCUGAAUUCAAAUUCCCAAACCGUACCUCAAUUGCACUGUUUCGUUGAUUCUAGUAUCAAGGUAUACGAAGCUGUCACAUACAGACACGAGAAUUCAUUUGUUAUGGCUAAAACUUGCGUCGCCCCGAUUAAGAAGUUAACACUACCUCAACUCUAGCUGAUGGCAGCAUUAAUUGGUACUAGAUUACUCUCCUUCAUACACAACGCAAUGGACAGCCGAUACGACACACUAGAAGUUUAUCUUUGAUCUGACAGCCAAAUCGUUUUAUAUUGGAUCAACAGCAACAAACAGCUUAAACAGUUCGUCGCCAAUAGCGUUAACUCAAUUAAAGAGCUCUUUCCUCCAAGCACUUGGCAUUAUUGUCCUACACAUGAAAACCCCGCCAGAUAUUCUUACUCGUGGUUUGACAAAACGAGCCCGAGAGCAGGCACUUCUCCUUCAACAUUUUAGAAAUCGCUGGAAAACCGAGUCUUUACGCGAGUUUCAUAGGACCACUGGAAAUAACAAGCAAACGAUCAACAUUGGAGAUGGAUAAAUUGGAAACUAGCAGUGAUUGAAAACUUCAUUGAAGGUGAAGACGUUCACACACGAGCAGCUCGCAUACAACGCACAGCAACCGGGAAAACAAACCGACCAAAUCCUAUGAUUGGAUAAUGAGUGAGGUGCUAAUUACAAAACGGCAAUCAUCCUUAAUGGCCGAAAACAAAUUUGUCAUAGCCAUUUGGGCAGGCGUUUCCUCUUUUCCCGCCCGUACUAAACGCCUGCUACGCAGGCUAAUUUCAUCCUUGAUAAAAAUACUAAGGGAGGCUCAGCCCCCUCCCCCAAACUGAAAGGAAAUACUAAAAAGUGGCUAAGCCCCCCAACCCCCUUCCACUUACUCCUGCUCUCAUCAUCGUUUCAUCUAGUUUUCAGAGUGUGGUGGUGAAUGAUAUUAUAUUAUAUUAUAUUAAAACAAUACAUCUGUUUUUAAUUUGCACUACAGUUAUCAGGGGAAAUAAAAGGUCUGCGUGUGGGAUUACUUGAAGAAGGUUUUGAUCCCAGUUUUGAAACAGAUGUGAAUGACUUGGUGAGGAAAUCAGCUGCGAGACUAAGCGAAAAAGGUGCAGUGGUUGAAGAGGUGUCAAUACCCUGGCAUUUGGAUGGUAGAUAUAUUAAUUUUUUAAUAAUUUAUAGUAUUACAAUAAAUAAUUGCGAUAAUGUAUAAAGCCUUAAAUAUCGAGGAAAUGUUACUACUAAUUUUUCUGUGUUUUCUUUUUCAGGAAACAAUAUACUUUUCGGUAUUUUGUUAUCUAAUUCCACUGCCAUGUUUGAAGGUCCGUGUAUAUAAAAAUGUAUUAUAACUAUUUAUGUUACAUAUUCAGGGCCGUACGUAGAAUUUUGGAGCUGGGGGGGGGGGGCAGUGGUGUCGUGUGAGUAGAAUGGUUGUGUAGGAAAACGAGGGCCGAAGGUGCGAGAAAAUUUCGGGGGUUCCAAAAAUUUUUCAAAUAGUAUAAGUCCAUAAAAUGCCAUUUCCUGCAUUUUGGGGUAAAAUUUCACAAAAUUCUGAACGGCACAAAACGUUGUAUUUUAUGCUCAAAAAAAUAUUUCAAGACUUCUAAAUAUUAACUAUACUUUCCGAUAAAUAUAUCUGAAUUCUGAAAAUCGAGAGAUUUUUCACAUUUAAAUAUGUUUGAAGCGAAACCAGGAUUAUUCAUAAUAAGUUUUUAGACGUUCUCUGGUUUUUAAAUAUUUAUGAUCAUGAUUACGAGCUUCGCCUGCCACUCAUUGCAUGAAGACUGCAGACUGGCAGUCGAAAGGUCGUGAUAUAUAUAAUAAAUAUUUAAAAACCAGAGGCAGAGAACGUCUAAAAACUUAUUAUAGAUUUUUCACAGUCAUAUAUGCUGAACUAAAAGAUAUAUCACUUACAUGCAUGUUUAUGGUCGUCCCAUACAAAAUCGUACACUCUGAUUCACAACAUUAUAUCAAUACAUGCGUCAUUUAGCUUUUCGUGCACAAACGUCAUAUCUGGCGUUGGACUAAUCGAAGAAUCCUGAUGAAGCAUAAGCAUUUCAAUUCUAGUCCACUUCGAGAUAUUUAAAACGAACUGUCUUAUUUCCUUCAGAACUUCGCUUAUUUUAUUUUGAAUUCCUGUAAAAGCAGUGAGUUUGGAUUGUAAUUUUCCAGUAACUCUUCAUACGAAGGACCUUUCCUCGAAACGUCGAGAAGUAUUUUUUAUCUUUUCAUUGGAUAUAUGUGGUUGUCGUGAAUUUCAAAAAUCACUCUUAUUUUAAAUAUAUAUUGUUCCAAUGUAGGGGAGUGUACAGCAACCCAGGGAUAUCACAACACCCAUCUUCACCUUGCUUUGACUCGUGGAUUAAAAUGUCAUCCUAAUGAUAAUCCUCCGACUGUAAAGAACACACUUUUGUGUGGCAGGUAAAAGUAGCAUAAUCUGAUAGUUGACAGUGACCAGCAUUGCCAUGUUUUCAGUUUGUGGAAAAAUGAAAUGUCGUAAUUUGAUUUUUGAAGCUAGCAUACAGUACAUGGCUAGCUAGCAUACGUAGCAGGCCCUAAUUGAACGGAAAAGACAAAUGGAGAAUGAUGGCUUAUACACGUGACCACAUGCCGUUGAAUUUUUGCACGUAGAAUGUUAUUCGUCUUUUCUACUUCAACCCUCCGAGGGCCUGCCAAGCAGGUUAAACCGUAGUCUGUAAAGAUAAGAUGGUCUGGAAGCUCAACAAACGUCGCUGAAUCUACAAAAUAGCAGGCCUUUAUUUUAUGUUGAACUGUAUCUCACCGUACACAAAUCCUUUGUCUCAAAUUCAUUAAUAUACAAUUACUUUAUGGUUUCCGUGUUUGGAUCAGGCCAUCCAAACACGGAAACCAUAAAGUAAUUGUAUUAUAAAAUAACAACAACACGGUAGACUUCCGUGUUUGGAUGGCCUGAUCCAAACACGGCUUUCGACCAAUCAGAAUACGCGUUAUAUACAUGUUAUUUUAUAAAUACUAUUCAUCGUGGUUGCACGUUUCAUCUCAACUAUCCCUAUUGGACGAUUAUCUAUAAUUAUACGAAAAUGUAUAAUAUAAUAUCAUCGCGACCGUGCACAAAUUAACAAAAACUCAGACAAAAAGAUAACACAACGACUUCUGUUUAGUUUACAGUAAUUGCAGACUAUCAUAUCUUGCCAGACUAUGCCUAAAUAAAGUUCAAACUAAGACAAUAUGUUUGACUUAUUAGACGGAACGAGCGUGUGUUGAAAAUGAUGUUCAGGUUUUACCAAACUGAUACACAGGCCAUCAUUCAUUGAUUCAUUUGUCCUACAGAAGAACCCAUGAGUUAAUAAGAUUCAUGUAAUGCCACAAAGUUGAACUGUAAUCGUUCGAUUUUCCUUGUUAGUUAAAAGGGAUUAGGGAAGGAAUAGUUUCUGAAAAUCGGAACGCAAUUCACUCAUGCAAAAACGACGGUUUCAAACAUUGAAAAAAAUAUAUCAUUAAUUUGUUCGCGGAAACUUAUUACCAAGGAAGAGAGAUUUUUAUGACAUAAAUGUUGUACGUUUCGCGUUUCAGAUACCUUCGUGAGAAAAAUUAUGACGGGUAUUAUUAUAACAAGUGUCAAAAUUUACGACGAGAUUUGCGCGAGGCAUAUGAUGAGGCAUUCAAGAAAUAUGAUGUUCUUAUCAUGCCAACAAUCCCUAAAAAAGCUUCACAAUUUCCUUCCAAGAACCCUCCCUUAUCUGGUGAGUAUAUACUGAGCCACCUGUAUUGCAACACUAGUAACUGCGUGUUGAAGAUCUAGUACAGUUUAGCUUUUUCAUAACGGAAGCAUUCUUAGUUUGUGAUUUCAUAAUGCUGGACAGUUACCAAGUUUUUAUCAUAUAUAAUUGUGACCUGUUUUACAAAUGACCGAAACAUUCUCUGACUAAAUUAUUUUUAGCUUGUCAUUAAAAAUAAUGUAGUUCCUGGCCGAGCAUCUAUAGUUUUGCAUAAUUAAGAUAGAUCAUUAAACUCGCAGUUCAUGUAAAAAUUAUUAGAGAGCUUAACCAAGUAACCAUGCAGAAGUCAAUUGAGCCAUUAUAUAUAGAUUGCUGCAGCCACUCUUAUUUGAAACACGAUAGAACAUGAAAGUACAAUCAUUGUCAAAGCCCUUCGACUCUUCUGCUUACCCUCGCGUCUCGAGCUCCUUCAAGCAAAAACGGCUGACGCCAUGAUUGACGGCUAAACGUAUUGUCAAGAUUAAGUUGUCUAAUGUACCUUUAUAGGGACGUGUAAAUGCAUAUUUCUUCUCUUUUGAUUUUUAAACCUUAGAAUAUCUUGAGAAAGCCUUCGAAAUGACCAACAACACUGCUCCAUUUGAUGUCUCGGGUCAUCCAGUUUUGUCAAUCAACGCUGGAUUUUCACAUGGGUUACCUGUGGGAAUGAUGAUUGCUGGUAAAAUGUUUGAUGAAGUGACAGUACUGAACGUGGCGUACGCUUUUGAACAAAUGCGUGACAAUGUAUAAAAUAUAGAAAUCGAGUUAUUAUUAGCCUUGUUAACUUUUAAAUGCGAUAUCGCGUUUAAAAAUCGCAUCAGGUAAAAUAGAUGCCAUAAAUCGAUGGUAAAAACGAGUCGGUUAUUUAUGGGUGCGUAAUGCGUGUAGCAAAUGGU